GUGCGCGCCACUGGGAAGGGGAGCUGCUGCGGCGGCGACGUGAGCCGCCCGCGGGCACUCGCGCAGGCCGGCUGUUGGGGAAGGCGGGUGCUGGGGGGGCCGGUGAGAGGCCUCUUCCGCGCGAGGGGUCCGAGCCCAACGUGGAGGUUGCGGCGCCGCGACUCUGCCACGUCUCGCUGACUGCGGGCUGAUGCAUCGGGCUUUCCCUUCCCCGCGGCCGGGCCCUUGAGAAUCUCCCUUUUCGUCCCAGCACCUGUUGUGCGGGGCGGGACACGCCAUUUCAGCGGGGUCCCCGCUGGGUUUUUCUGAGUUGAAGCGGAGGUGGAAGGAAGCGCAGUGUUCCUCCUCCCCAGUGGUUUGGAGAAGGGGAACUCGCGCCCUGGUGGGAAACGCCGCACUUUGAAACCUGCUUUCCAAAUGCUGAGGUGCCUGGACCCCUGGCGCAGGCAGUUACUGAGCUGCAGCUGGAGUAGACUGUGCCUUCUGAAGCACUCUCUGUUUACAAUGAAGUUGCAGUCUCCCGAAUUCCAGUCACUUUUCACAGAAGGCUUGAAGAGUCUGACAGAGUUAUUUGUCAGAGAAAACCACGAGUUACGGAUAGCAGGAGGAGCCGUGAGGGAUUUGCUGAGUGGCGUGAAGCCGCAGGAUGUGGAUUUUGCCACCACUGCCACCCCUGGCCAGAUGAAGGAGCUGUUUCAGUCAGUCGGCGUGCGAAUGAUCAACAACAAAGGGGAGAAGCACGGGACCAUCACCGCCAGGCUUCAUGAAGAAAAUUUUGAAAUUACUACACUACGGAUUGACGUUACCACUGAUGGAAGACACGCUGAGGUCGAAUUCACAACUGACUGGCAGAAAGAUGCUGAACGCAGAGAUCUCACUAUAAAUUCUAUGUUUUUAGGUUUUGAUGGUACUUUAUUUGACUACUUUAAUGGUUAUGAAGAUUUAAAAAAUAAGAAAGUUAGAUUUGUUGGACAAGCUAAACAGAGAAUACAAGAAGAUUAUCUUCGAAUUCUAAGAUAUUUCAGGUUUUAUGGGAAAAUUGUAGACACACCUGGUGACCACGAUCCUGAAACUUUGGAAGCAAUUGCAGAAAAUGCAAAAGGCUUGGCUGGAAUAUCAGGAGAGAGGAUUUGGGUGGAACUGAAAAAAAUUCUUACUGGUAACCAUGUAAAUCAUUUGAUUCACCUCAUCUAUGACCUUGAUGUGGCUCCUUACAUAGGCUUACCGGCUAAUGCAAGUUUGGAAGAAUUUAACAAAGUUAGUAAAAAUGUUGAAGGUUUUUCACCGAAGCCAAUGACUCUGUUGACCUCACUGUUCAAAGUACAGGAUGAUGUCACAAAAUUGGAUCUGAGGUUGAAGAUUUCAAAAGAAGAGAAGAAUCUUGGUUUAUUUAUAGUUAAAAACAGGCAAGAUUUAAUUAAAGCAACAGAUAGUUCAGAACCAUUGAAACCCUAUCAAGACUUCAUUAUAGAUUCUAGAGAAUCUGAUGCAACUGCUCGUGUGUGUGAACUCCUCAAGUACCAAGGAGAGCACUGUCUUCUGAAGGAGAUGCAGCAGUGGUCCAUUCCUCCGUUUCCUGUAAGUGGCCAUGACAUCAGAAAAGUGGGCAUUUCUUCCGGAAAAGAAAUUGGGGCUCUCUUACAGCAGUUGCGAGAACAGUGGAAGAAAAGUGGUUACCAAAUGGAAAAAGAUGAACUGCUAAGUUACAUAAAGAAGACCUAAAAUUGAUGAGAGCUGGCUACUAAAAAGCAGAACAUUUUUGGUAAGACUAGUUUUUCUCCCCUGCCCCUUAGUGAGAUUUGAGAGAAUCGAAUAAAAGCCAGUUUUGAGGAUCUCUUCCGAAGAAGAAAGGUCUUAUUUUGUGGAAUAGAAUUAUAUUUCAGGCACCAAACUAAAGUCUACCUCCUCUUAAUUUGAUUUAUAUAACUGAACCUUGUCAUUCUUUGGGAAGAGUUCCUACUGAGAAAAAAGUACAGUUGGCUUCGCUUAAUCUGUCUAGGCUUUUUUUUUUUAAAAGUGGGUUUUUCGGUUUGGUUUGUUUUCUCAUGGGGCAGUAGUAUUAAGAGUGAUCCUAAGAAGUGGUAACUGUCUUGAAAAAAAAAAGUUUCUUAGUAUUUGCAACGGCAAUCACGGGCUUGAUUUUUCUACAAUGACUGUGUAACAAGUGUCAGCUUUUAUGUAAAUUCCGGAAUAAACUUGUGCUUGAAAAUAGUUGGCAAAUUUGCAUCAAAUGAUCAUAUAUAAAGUGUGCAGCCCAGAUGUGUGCCAGGUGGCUGUCAUUCCUACAUCCAGGACUUGUCCUAGGGAGCUGGAGUUUUAGUAUGUAGUUGAUACUUAACUUCCUGCUAAGCCAGGAAAGAGUAGCUUGAGGGUUACUCUCGAGCCUGUUGGUUAAUGAAGAUGGCCUUUGGAAUUGGGAGAUGACAGUAUACAUCAGGUGCCAUCCAGACGUAGUGACAGUACCCCUGUGGCUUUAAAUUAAAGGUUAUGGCCUCCACAUUUGCUCUUUAAAGAUGUGAGGCCAGAUGCUUUCAGUAGGUGAAGAGGCGUAUGGCGUGAAGUGUUGUUUAUUUCAGCGGCUGAAUUCUGACAUUUUAUAAUUGAUCUUCGUGUCUGUGUAGCCAGACACGGCAUCUUUGUGCGCUGUGGGCAGAUAAGUUUUGGACCUUGAUAAAAGAGUUUUGAAAAGCAGAUUGCUAUUAAAGCCCAGCUAAGAGGAAGCGUGACACUCCGUAUAAAGGCUAUGUUGCAAGAAAGGGAACAUCAGAAACGACUGCACCCAGGUCAGUAACUAAAUGUGUUAUAAAAUAACCCACUGAAAUAUUUACUGUGAAGAUAGAUAUUUGGACUCAACAGUAUAGAAUUCCUACUAAGCUAUGCAGUAUGCAGAUUUAGCUAUUUGAGGUCUGGUUCUGUCAUAUAUUAAAAAAAAACUUUAAAAUAGUAGUAUGCAUGGUUUUAUAUGCCAGAAAAUUUUAUUUGCAAGUGUCAAUAUAGAACAUUCUGAGAUUACACUUCUCAGGGGGCAAAUGUAAACACAGUGCCCCCUCCCUACCGCUGGGUGAGGUGUGAAGAGAUGUGCCAUGCUCCUGAGAAGCACUCCGUGGAACCCCUUUAGAGGAAGUUUAGUUCCGUAGGAGACUCUAUGAACAAAGAGUCGAGUCAUAAAAAUUAUUGGUCGUAGUAACGGUUAGCCAUUAUUGAAUACAGGAGGAGCAGAUGCUAAAGAAUCGACAGCAUUCUGGAGGUGCUUUUCAUUUACUCUCUUUACAUAAAUAUGCAACAUGAUACUCAAUUGAGGUUUCCAGCCUAGGCAGUCAAAACCAUUGCAUAUUUGGAUAAAGAAAAUAUCAAUUAAAACAUAAGAUAUUUAAACAGUCCGUUUUGGGCCGCAUACAUUGUACCUGAUUAGCCGAACUUUUCCCAGUGAAUUAUGUAAAGCAGUGAAGGAAUAUCAAAAUUACACCAAUGUGAAAGGCUCCAAGAAACCCCUUGAAUGUAUAAGCAAAGAGGUAGGUGGCAAAUCAGUCUGUCUAGAACUUUAAGAAUUAUUUCUUAAACUACCUGCUGAUGAGUAGAUAUUUACAUUAUUUAAACAAAGAACAUGUUUAGUUUUGCUCUUAGUUUACUUACAGAGUUUCUUCAAUUUACAGUGAGCAAAACAGCCUCUAAGAUACAUCAUCACGUCUAGCCUGUAGGAAGGGGAUGUAUUUUAGCAUCUAUGCUCCACAGUAGCCUAGGGUCAAAUUAAACUUUGGAACAGAAUAACCAAACACUGAGCAAAUACACAAAAUACUAUUUUCACUAACAAACAUGUUAGGAAACGAAAACUUUUAUUUGGGGGCUCAAACUGCGUAUUAUAACUCUUCAGUAUUUUCAAAAUGUACAAAUCACUAGCUCAGAGAAACUAAAGGAGAUCAAAAGGAACAAAGCCCUUUUAGAAAUAACACAUCGCCUUGCCUCUUUCAAAAAGGAACAGUAAGUACUAGUGCUUGGCACUCUAGGCUUUUGGAACUUCCGCCAGUCGGAACACUGAUACAAACAUGCCAUUCUGUUCCAUGGAUCAGGAUCAAAGGAGGGACCCUCACAGUAUAGGAAUUUAAGGUACGUUUGUGCAGGAGGCAUGCUCACCAGUUUCACAGAUGUCUUCACGUCCUAUCAGCUGCCACAGGAUAACAGCACCCAGCUCCUAGAGUAGAUAUUCUAGACUGCGUCUCAUCUUCUUCAAUAAGUAUAUUUUAGUUUAAAUCGUUACAUACUGUUUGACUAACAAACUGCCACCUUCCCUGUAAUGUUGCUUUUUACUUAGAUAUGCAUCAAAAGCAAUAAUCUCCGAAGCAGAUCUGAUGUUAGAAUACCGAUUUGUUAAGUUAUCUUAUCCCUACUGUAUUCGUUUAUAAGCAGAGUAUUACUUUGUCUGGGCUUAUGUCAUCUUCGGUGUCUGGGAUGGUGGGCAACAGAGCAGAUCGAGUCAACCCCCAGAAUUUUUGAGGUGACAUGUCUUUUUUGGUGGCUGUGAAUUUCCAUCCAAUAUGGCUUGCACAGAUCCUGCACUGGGCAAUGGUCCAGGCAUACCUACAAGAUUAAGGAAAGGUAUCAGCUAAAGCUGUGUGUCCCAGUCUGUCGUCAUAUAAACCUGUUAGCAAGUCACAGCUUAGAGCUGUAUUCUAAGGAUGGGGAAGGAGAAAUACUCUGCGUUUGGAGUCAUACAGUUACGUGAAGCAAACCUCACAAAGACAUUUUCUGAUGUGCAUGGUCCAUCAUGGUAAUGCAUCAGUCUUUAUAUACACACGUGACUAGAUUGUGCUCGUAAGCUGUGCUUACAUUUUUUCUCCAAUGCCAAGAGAGAAGAAAAGAAUAAUCUUAUUAAUACAGAGUUCUUUAUACAAAUUGCUGGUUGCCAGGACUCCAUCGGAAAACUGCAUCUGCAUUUUCUUUGUUGUGCUGUAUUGUAGUCAAGGUACAAAACAGCAGCCACCUGUAGAAAUACGCACUUUUGUGUGAGUUGAAAGCUAGGGAUGGGGGAGGUAAGGGUUUUUCUCAUA